GGCAAAGUGGCCACUCCAAUUUGAUGCUCCAACCACCAAGUUCGUUCCCUCCGUGAAGGAUUCUCAAUGCCUCGCUACAGCACACACAAAAGCAAGACUCCUGCCCAGCAACUACCACAACCUCCCGACUCCCACUCAGCCUCCUUGAUCCCCAGCCAUGGAAGCCCUGAUAGCAGUGGUGCUGCCAGUGGUGCUGCCAGUGUCGCUGAUGUUCUCAACCAGCAACUUGACAUUGAUGAAGUUUGUCGUGCGUGUACUUCCUUAAGAACGCAAGCAGCCCACCCCAGUUAUCGCCGCGGUAUUGCCACUUGGAUUCGCUAAACACUUAGCGAUCCCGACCGAUUGUUCAAUAUCGAUGACAGCAUCAAUAUGCACGAGUUUACCCCUAAACAUUUUCGAGUCUUCAUUCUUGCCAAAAUGAAUACUGCCAUCUCGCUCAAGGUUACUACCCUCGGGGGUUACAAGAGCACCGUUAAGGACAUAUAUCGGCAGCAGCAACUGCUCUUCCGAACGCGUAUGCUGAUGAUAGGAAGACUAUUUUUGCUGGUCUUAAAAAGAUUGAAGCCACCCGUAACCAGACAGGUCCGGGGGAGGCGAAGAAGGCAGGAAAAAAUGGCGUUACCCUACUCAGCGUACGAACAAGCAUGUAUGAAUACGCUUGUUCUGCCCGACGGAGGAUUUGCCCAUGUUUUCCUUACAUUGCAAUAGAACUUGAUGUGCCGAUCGCAAUCUGUAGAAACAAUUCAUUCCGGCCAUCUUUCUAAAGAGGGCGACAGUGUCGGUAUUGUUUUUCACAAAAGUAAAGCUAACCAAGACGGAAACGGACCCAAAGACCCUCG